CGGAGGAAUUCCGUGUGGGAGGAAUUACACUUUGGAAUUACACUUUGUACCUGAGUGAACGGGGCAGGAAGAUAACAGAAAACGAUUUCCUGGAAUCCUGGGCUGGCCCGGGCUGAAAGAACCUUAAAUCCCCUCUCAUUCCACCCCUGCCAGCACCUUCCACUAGACCGGGUGGGAUUCCAGGAAGACAGCAGAGAGAGGGAAGCUGAUGGAUUUCACCAGCUCUGUCAUCGUCCCGCUGCUGUUCGGCAGCCUGGGCAUCUUCGCGCUGUUCCGGCUGCUGCAGUGGCUGCGCAUGCGAACGUACCUGCAGGAGGCUGUGGUGGUGAUCACAGGGGCCACCUCUGGCCUGGGCAAAGAAUGUGCCAAAGCUUUCCAUGCAGCUGGCUGCAGGCUGGUGCUGUGUGGCAGAGACAGUGAGAAGCUGAAGGGGCUGGUGCAGGAGCUCUGUGCUGUCAAGAAUCACCGCAAGAACCCACACGAGCCUCACACGGUGGUGUUUGACCUCUCAGACACCAAGGCUGUGGUGAAUGCUGCUGAGGAGAUCCUCAAGGCCUUGGGUCACGUGGACAUCCUGAUCAACAACGCUGGCAUCAGCUUCAGAGGCACCAUCGUGGACACAGGGCUGCAGGUGGACAAAAAAGUGAUGGAAACAAAUUACUUUGGACCUGUAGCCCUCACCAAAGCACUUCUCCCCUCCAUGAUCAAGAGGAGACAAGGCCACAUUGUGGCCAUCAGCAGCGUGCAAGGCAAAAUAAGCAUUCCUUUCAGAUCUGCAUAUGCUGCCUCUAAGCACGCUACCCAGGCCUUCUUUGACUGCCUGCGAGCAGAGGUGGAGCAGUAUGACAUUGAAGUGACAGUGGUGAGCCCUGGGUACAUCCAGACCAACCUGUCCCUCAACGCUGUCACAGCGGAUGGAUCUCGCUAUGGAGUUAUGGACAAGACCACGGCUGAGGGACAGACGGCGGCCGAGGUGGCUCAGGUGGUUCUCAAUGCAGUGGGACAGAAGAAGAAGGAAGUGCUUGUGGCUGGCCUGACCCCCUGCCUGGCUGUCUACCUGAGGAACCUCUGCCCCAGGCUGUUCUUCACCUUAAUGGCAUCUAGAGCAAAAAAGGAGAGAAAAGCAAAGGGCUCUUAGAGCUCAGCUGCCCUGAGCAGGGAGAGGCUGAGCCCCUGCUGUCGGCUGGGACAUCACUGGAGGUGCUCCUGCAGGAAAAUCCUUUCUCAAAGCUGUUUACCAUUGCAUGGAGACUGGGAAGUGGUUCCCUCACACUGCUGGAAGACAGCACCUAAAGCUCAGCUGGAGAAGGAAGGUGCUUGGACAAUGGGGGAGAGCUGAGGCUGCAGGGAGGGCUCAGGGGAACACUGGGGAGGCCCUGGCUGGGACUCCUCACCUCACUGCAGGCAUGCUCAGCUUUACUGGCCUGCCACAAAUAAACCCCACCUGUUCUGCCCUCACACGAGCAGCCCUUGGCUGUCCCCACCCCUGUGAAAUACAGUCCUCAGCUGGGAGCUCUCGUGAUCAGUGUCUCAUUCCCACUCCUUCCACUCUGACCCAGGACACGCUGCUUGCAGUGGGAAACUUCACAGCCCCUUCCUGUUAACGUGCCAAGUCAGCUGCUAAAUUAAGCUCAGUCCAGUGCCACUUUUAAAGAAGGAACUGAUGUACAA